CCUUGAACGACUAGCUAACCUCUGAAAAGAGGUCUCAUCAGGUCCAACUUCCAUCCUUGGACUUCUCACGGCCGAGGCAGUUGCCGACCUUGUAAAAGAUGGAUACGGCGCUGCUGAAAUCGCAUCUGCUAUUGCAUUCAUGGUUGGAGUAUACUCCCUCGCCAUCGGCCUACUCAAGCUGGGAUUUCUACUUGACUUCGUCUCUGCACCUGUGUUGAGUGGUUGGAUUUCCGCUGUUGCUAUUGUCAUUGGCCUAGGCCAGGUUGGUUCACUUGUUGGACUCACGACAGGCAGUGGGACUGCAUCCAUCAUCCGUGACGUCCUUGGCCACCUGAACAGCAUCAAACCACUGACACUGUGUAUUGGGUUUACGAGUAUUGCAAUGCUAUAUGCUCUUGAGUUGAUGGGAAAGACCUGGGGAAAAAAGAACAAAUGGCUCAAGUUUGCCAGCACAAGUCGGGCUGUUAUCGUGUUGGCUGUCUUCACCAUCAUCUCCUACUUGGUUAACCGAAAUCGUACCAAGUAUGUAUGGCAGGUCACGGAAGUCAACACCCACGGUCUUCUUACUCCUACUACCCACAAGUCCUCUCUCCUACAAAAGGUUGUCCCCCGUGCCUUUGCCCCGUUUAUCGCCAUGGCAGUGGAACACCUGGGUGUAGGUAAGGCCUUCGGUCUCCGAAACAACUACAACAUCGACAAGAGCCAAGAACUUGUAUUCUUAGGUGCAGCAAACAUGGUCAACAGUCUCUUUGGUGCUCAGGCUUGCGGUGGUGCCAUGUCUCGCACAGCUGUCAACUCAGAGUGCAACGUCAAGAGCCCCCUCAACUUUCUUCUUACGGCUGGCUUUAUUAUUUUGACCCUUUAUGAGCUGGCGCCUGCACUCUAUUGGAUUCCAAAGGCAACUCUAUCAGCCAUCAUCAUCAUGGCUGUGGUGCAUUUGGUGUCAUCGCCACGGGUGUUUUAUCGAUACUGGAGAAUCUCUUUCGUCGACUUUGUUGCAUCGAUGCUUGGCCUUUGGGUUACACUGUUCACUUCCACCGAAAUUGGACUUGCUGUGGCCGUUGGCUUCAGCAUUUUAUAUACGCUAUUGCGACUAGCGUUCCCGCGUUGGGUCGGCCUAUCUCAUCACGAGACCGAAAAUGUACAUUGGUCUAUGAACAGAAUGUACUUUUCUUCAACAGAUAUUGAUGUUCCUGAAGAGGCGUAUUUGGUUCGCUUUACUGAAGAUGUGCUCUUCCCCAACGCCGAAAGAGUGAAGAACUCCAUCAUCGAGUCAGUCAAAAUCAACUUCGAGCCUGGCACAAAUAUUGUCACAGAUGUGAACACGAAAGAGAGAACGUGGAACCAGUUUUCAACAAAAAGGAUCCAGCGCAUUCGCAAAAGGAAGCACAUUAUUCCGUUCAUGGGGGACGAAUCGCCCCUACGGUUCGUUGUUCUAGACUUCGCCAUGGUUGGGUUCAUCGACACCACGGGCUUGGUAUCAUUGGUGGAAUUGAAAGCUGAACUUCGGCGAUAUAUCGGACUGGGCUUACAGUUUCGAUUUGUCAACAUGGCUAAGCCAGUCAGAGAACGAUUUGACCGGGCUGGCUGGAAGUUCGCCUCUGAGGGGGAGCAAAGAACAGAGGAGGCCGACUUGGUGUGCGCCUCACUCGAGUACGCGCUGCUUCGAAGCGAACGGGAAGCACGAAGUGAUAUUAUGAAAGAGAAGAUCAUCGAUGAUGUUUAAGGGAUAUUACGCCCUCUAUUGUUCUCUCAUGUGCUUUGAGCUUUUUACUAUUGCAACAGCUUACUUCGUUUCAACUACUGCAGAAUAUGUGGACAGUAUAACUCAACUAGUAUCAACGAAUCCGCGACUAAAUUCCCAGCUACAGUACAAGUGCUAUAAUAUGCAUUAAACCGGUUCAGUAGAGUAGCAUAUACUCUAUUCAAUUAUAUUGAUGCCAAUAAGGGAAAAUGAAAACUGGCCAAACCUCAUUCGUCGGCGAGUGUCCGUCGACGCCAAUGGCUGGCGUAUGGCGCACCUCCAUCGGUGCAUGAUUUGACGCCGUAAGCAAACAAACUAUUAGCCUCGCAUGUCUUUCUUCCGAGCCGCACUUCUGCAGCCUCAGAACUUAGCCGCUUUGCGGAGAUAGUUCGGCGUUGCUUUUGUGAGUUGGUACAGUUGCCUUCCCACUUCAAUUGCAUAUCUGAUCCGUGAAUCGUUGCAGCGCAUGCUAUAGCAGCAUCAGCGUAGUGCCGAACCCUACACUGCCGAUUCUAAUAUUUUUAUUCUUAAGAAAGGGGGCUAUGAAGUUAUUUCUCAAGUACUACACGUGCAAUUAUGACGCUAUAUCUAGUACACGUAAACGAAAUUGGGAUUCUCCCUGUCCGUCAUGUCGGUAAACGCAGUUGCGUUGUCCUUGCCCAGUCGAUCAUCACCCUGCUCUCGUAGCCUGGCUCGUUGCUGCUCCUUCUUCUUGUUCUCCCAGAUGAACGAGUAGCGGAUAGCCACAAACAGAAGAGUUGAGAUGAAGUAGCUACCCAAGAGUGAGCCAAUACCUAGGGGAUAUGAGGGAGCCUGCUCCGUCUUGUAGAAGAAGGGGCCGGCAAUAUUGCCAAUGCAUCCUCCGAAAAAGAGCAUACCCGAGACGACCAUCUUCUUGGACUGGCCAGCUGUGUUUGAGGUAAUGGUGGAAAUGGCCAACACGGCGGUGGCUUGGUACGAGUUCAACAGGUAG